AUGCUGUCCUCUACAGAAUCUCAGAACCAGAGUGUAACAAAAUUCAUUAUUCUGGGCUUCCCUAAUACAAGGAAGGUAGAAAUUGCCCUCUUUUUUGUCUUUCUCACUAUGUACCUCCUUACUUUGACUGGCAAUAUCAUCAUCAUCAUAACUGUUAAUACAGAUAGCCAUCUUCAAACCCCUAUGUACUUCUUUUUGGGAAAUUUAUCUUUACUGGAUGUAGGGUAUACUUCUUCAACAGUUCCUAAAUUGCUUUCCAUACUUUUGAUGAAUGUGCACAUAAUUUCCUUGGUUGGCUGUCUUUUACAAUCCUACUGUUUCUUUUUCUUUGGGUCAGCUGAAUGUUUCCUCCUUGCAGUGAUGGCCUAUGACCGGUACGUGGCCAUAUGCUACCCACUCAGAUAUCCAAUAAUCAUGAAUAGAAGAAUAUGUAUUAUUUUUGUGAUUGUUUGCUGGAUCAGUGGUUGUGUGGCCCCUUUGGUAGCUGCCAUUAUGGUAAUAAAUUUACCGUUUUGUGGACCAAACAUAAUCAAUCAUUUCUUUUGUGAUAUUCCACCAUUAUUAAAGCUGGCUUGUAUUGAUACAUCAUUGAUACAGCAGAUUAACUUCUUGCUUUCUUCAAUGGUGAUUCUGAGCACUUUCCUAUGCACCAUCAUCUCCUAUAUCUACAUUGCUGUAACCAUAUUGAAAAUACCAUCUUCACAUGGGCGUCGCAAGGCUUUCUCCACUUGUGCCUCUCAUCUGACCAUUGUUUCUUUGUAUUAUGGAACUGUUAUUUUUAUGUAUGUAAGUCCCACCACCCGUUCAUCUUCUGACCUGAACAAAAUAAUAGCUGUGAUAUACAGUGUAGUUACUCCAAUGCUCAACCCAAUGAUCUACACAUUGAGAAAUCAAGAUAUGAAAAGAGCUUUAAAAAGAAUAAUCCUCAGAAUGCUGAUGAGUAAGAAAGAACCUGAAUUAUCCAACUAA